AUGAAGACUACCUCUGUGCUCGCAGCCGCCGCGCUGGUCGGCGCUGCUACCGCCAAGGUCCACAGGCUCAAGCUGGACAAGUUGUCUCUAUCUGAGCAAUUUGAUAAGCGCAGCAUGAACGACCACAUGCGGUCUUUGAGCCAGAAAUACAUGGGUGUUGUCCCCGAGGGAACAUACCAGGACACCUCUAUCCGACCUGAGGGCGGCCAUGACGUGUUGGUUGAUAACUUUUUGAACGCUCAGUACUUCUCAGAGAUCACCAUCGGCACACCACCACAGAACUUCAAGGUUGUCCUUGAUACCGGCAGCUCGAACUUGUGGGUUCCUUCAUCCUCUUGCAACUCGAUUGCUUGCUACUUGCACAGCAAGUAUGACUCGUCCUCUUCAUCCACCUACAAGAAGAACGGCAGCGACUUUGCCAUCCAGUACGGCUCAGGCAGCCUUGAGGGCUUUGUUUCCCGCGACACUGUGACGAUCGGCGACAUUACCAUCAAGGACCAAGACUUCGCCGAAGCCACCAACGAGCCUGGCUUGGCUUUCGCCUUUGGCCGCUUUGACGGUAUCUUGGGUCUUGGAUUCGACACCAUCUCCGUCAACAAGAUUGUCCCUCCUUUCUAUAACAUGUUGAACCAGAAGUCUCUUGAUGAGCCUGUCUUUGCCUUCUACCUCGGCGACAGCAACAAAGAAGGUGAUGCCUCUGAGGCUACCUUUGGUGGUAUUGACAAGAGCCACUACACCGGAGAGUUGGUCAAGAUCCCUCUCCGCCGAAAGGCCUACUGGGAGGUAGACUUUGACGCCAUUGCCUUUGGCGAGAACGUUGCCGAGCUUGAGAACACCGGAGUCAUCCUUGACACUGGUACCUCCCUCAUUGCUCUUCCUUCUACACUUGCCGAGCUCCUGAACAAGGAAAUCGGUGCCUCUAAGUCAUGGAACGGUCAAUACACUGUCGACUGUGCUAAGCGUGACUCUCUUCCCGACCUCACCGUCACCUUGAGCGGACACAACUUCUCCAUCACUGCUUUCGACUACGUUUUGGAAGUCCAGGGAUCCUGCAUCAGUGCCUUUAUGGGCAUGGACUUCCCUGAGCCUGUCGGUCCUCUUGCUAUCCUUGGAGAUGCUUUCCUUCGCAAGUGGUACAGCGUCUACGACUUGGGCAAUGGUGCCGUCGGUCUCGCCAAGGCCAAGUAA